AUGGCCGAACAAACUGCUCGUAAUGCACAAUAUGAAUACAAAGCGAACUCCAAUCUUGUCCUACAAGCCGAUAAAAGUUUAAUUGAUCGACGUGGACGUAAUGAAGCUACCGGUGAAGUUCUAUCAAUUGCAAGUCACUUGGUAGGUACUCGAAUGGGUGAUCGUGCUCAACGUACACGACCAGAACGCAGUAACAAGAAACAAAAGAAAGACGAUGAUCAUUCGUCAAAAUAUGAUGUAGCCCGGUUUAAAGGUCAAACUUUGAUCGCUGAUGCUGCUGAUGAUACGUCGAGUAUCUUAUAUCGACCCAAAACACAAGAAACCAAACAGACAUACGAAGUGUUGCUUGGUUUUAUUCAAGAAGCAGUUGGUGAUCAAGCACGAAGCAUCCUUUGUGGUGCAGCCGAUGAAGUGUUAAUUAUUUUAAAGAAUGAUAAACUACGUGAUAAAGAUCGUAAGAAUGAAAUUGAAACAUUGCUAAGUACAAAGAUUCCAGAACAACGCUUUGCAUUUCUCGUCAAUCUUGGAAAGAAAAUAACCGAUUGGGCAACGGACGAUAAGAGUGGAAAAGACGGUGAUGAAAUUGACGAAACUUACGGUGUUAAUGUUGAAUUCGAUGAAUCGGAUAAUGAAGAUCAAGGUGGUGAGGAUGAAGUUCGUGACGACGACGAAGAUUUGUCUGAAGGUGAAGAAGCAAAGACGGAUUACACAAUUCAAGAAACAAAUUACAGCAAGACAGGCGCAAGCGACAAUUUCGCUCGUCCAAGCAAAGGUCUACAACCACAUUCCAUCGAUGCUUUUUGGCUACAAAGAAAUUUGAGUAAAGUCUAUGCUGAAGCCACCGAUGCGAAAUUGAAAGCUCAAGAAGUCUUGGAAAUUCUUAAAACAGCAUCCAACGAUCGCGAAUUAGAAAAUCAGCUCGUUAUGCUACUUGGCUAUGAACAAUUUGAUUUUAUCAAAACAUUGACGACACAUCGAUAUAUGAUUCUGUACUGUACAUUACUUCUGUCCUCACAAAGUGCUUCGGAGAAGGUGAAAAUCGAAGAAAAAAUGCGCAAUGAUCCUGAGUUAGCUUGGAUCUUAAAAGCGUUAUCGGAAACCGAUCGAAGUGAUACAGCCCAAGAUGAUCGGGAUCGUCGUGCAUCGACUAAAAAACGUCGCGGUGACGACGAUGACGAUGAAGACGCAAUGGAAACGGAAACUGCCGAAACAAAAGCUAAUCCACAACAUGUUGUAAACUUAGAAGAUUUAGCAUUCACACAAGGUAGCCAUUACAUGGCGAAUAAAAGUUGUCGACUACCUGAUGGUUCAUAUCGUUUACAAAAGAAAGGAUACGAAGAAGUUCAUGUACCUGCUUUAAAACCACCCGAGCUUGAUGCGGGAGAGGUUCUCUAUCCAAUUUCCAAUUUACCAAAAUAUGCACAACCUGCAUUCGAAGGUUACCAAAAGCUGAAUCGUAUCCAAACCCGUAUGGUUAAAGCAACGUUAGAGUCCGAUGAAAAUAUUUUGUUAUGUGCUCCAACCGGUGCGGGUAAAACCAAUGUUGCUCUACUUUGCAUUUUACGUGAAGUUGGCAAACAUGUAAUGUCAGAUGGAACAAUCAAUGUUGAUGAAUUCAAGAUGAUUUACAUUGCACCAAUGAGAUCACUUGUCCAAGAAGUCGUGGGCAAUUUUACAAAACGACUAAAUCCAUUUGGUUUGAAAGUAGCCGAGUUGACCGGUGAUCAUCAGCUAUCCCGUGAGCAAAUCAAUGAAACUCAAUUAAUCGUCUGCACUCCAGAAAAAUGGGAUAUCAUCACACGUAAAGGUGGUGAACGUUCAUUUACUCAACUAGUCCGUUUAAUCAUUAUCGAUGAAGUACAUCUUUUACAUGAUGAUCGUGGCCCAGUUCUCGAAGCGAUCAUUACACGAACUAUCCGCACUAUUGAAACUACUCAAGAUCCCGUCCGUUUUGUUGGUCUGAGCGCCACAUUGCCAAAUUAUGAAGACGUUGCUACAUUUUUGAACGUUAAACGCGAAGGUCUCUUUCAUUUCGAUAACAGCUUUCGACCGGUACCACUUCAACAGCAAUAUAUUGGUAUUACGGAAAAGAAAGCUAUCAAACGAUUUCAAAUCAUGAACGAUUUAGUUUACGAUAAGAUCAUGCAGCAUGCCGGAAAAAAUCAGGUUUUGGUUUUUGUACAUUCACGAAAGGAAACAGGAAAAACUGCACGAGCCAUUCGAGAUGCAUGUCUAGAGAAAGAUACGAUUGGUGCAUUUUUGAAAGAUGGUUCAGCCUCUCAAGAAAUUCUUCGAACCGAAGCUGAACAAAGCAAAAAUCUGGAAUUAAAAGAUCUUUUUCCCUAUUCAUUCGCUAUUCACCAUGCUGGUAUGAAUCGAACUGAUCGUGCUUUAGUCGAAGAUCUUUUUGCCGAACGACACAUUCAAGUACUCGUAUCAACAGCAACACUUGCCUGGGGUGUGAAUCUUCCUGCACACACAGUCAUCAUCAAAGGUACGCAAGUCUACAGUCCAGAAAAAGGCCGAUGGACAGAAUUGAGCGCCCUUGACGUAAUGCAAAUGCUUGGUCGUGCUGGUCGUCCGCAAUACGAUACUCUCGGUGAGGGUAUUCUAUUAACAAGCCACAAUGAGUUACAGUAUUACUUAUCAUUGAUGAAUCAGCAAUUGCCAAUUGAAAGUCAAAUGAUUUCAAAACUAGUUGAUCAUCUCAAUGCGGAAAUCGUUCUCGGUACAGUUCAAAACAUCCGGGAAGCAGCUGAAUGGCUUAGUUAUACAUAUCUGUAUGUUCGAAUGAUAAAAGAACCUCAACUGUAUGGUGUUUCCAAUGAAUCAUUAAUGGUCGAUAAAUAUCUCCUUCAACGACGUUUAGAUUUAAUUCAUUCAGCUGCUAUACAAUUAGACAAGUCUCAUCUUAUUCGAUAUGAUCGCAAAACUGGUAACUUUCAAAUGACGGAACAUGGUCGUAUUGCUAGUCAUUAUUAUUGUACACAUGAAACAAUUGCUAUGUACAAUCAACUAUUGAAACCCACACUCAGUGAAAUUGAUCUAUUUCGUAUAUUUUCUCUCUCAUCGGAAUUCCGACAUAUAACCGUACGGGAGGAAGAAAGAAGCGAAUUACAAAAAUUACUUGAACGUGUACCUAUACCGAUUAAAGAAAGCAUCGAUGAGCCAAGUGCCAAGAUCAAUGUUCUUCUCCAAGCUUACAUUUCGCAAUUGAAACUCGACGGUUUUGCAUUGAUGGCAGAUAUGGUUUACAUCACGCAAAGCGCCGGCCGAUUGAUGCGAGCUAUUUUCGAAAUGGUAUUAUUGAGAGGUUGGGCGCAAUUAGUCGACAAGACACUGAGCUUAUCGAAAAUGAUUGACAAACGAAUGUGGCAAAGUAUGUGUCCAUUGCGACAAUUCAAGAAGAUUCCCGAUGAAAUUAUUCGCAAGAUCGAAAAGAAAAAUAUUUCAUGGGAUCGAUUCUAUGACUUAGACGCGCCCGAAAUAGGUGAAUUAGUUCGCGCACCAAAAGUUGGUAAAACAAUCUACAAAUACAUUCAUCAUAUUCCAAAACUGGAAUUGAACGUGCAUGUUCUUCCAAUCACACGAUCAACAUUAGAAGUUCAAUUGACAAUCACGCCGGACUUUCAAUGGGAUGAUAAAAUUCAUGGCAUGGCUGAGCCCUUUUGGAUCCUGGUUGAAGACGUCGAUUCAGAAAUCCUACUUCAUCAUGAAUAUUUCCUUUUGAAAAAGAAAUAUUGUGAAGAUGAUCAUUAUGUGAAAUUCUUCGUACCUGUAUUCGAAACACUGCCACCACAAUACUUCAUUCGAGUCAUAUCUGAUAAAUGGAUCGCAUCGGAAAGUCAAGUAGCUGUUUCAUUCCGACAUUUGAUUCUACCGGAAAAACAUCCAGCUCCAACAGAACUUUUGGAUCUACAACCAUUGCCAGUCAAUGCAUUACGUAAUCCUGAAUAUGAAGAAUUAUACGAUUUUCGAUUUUUCAAUGGAAUUCAAACGCAAGUCUUUAAUACGUUAUACAAUGCAGAUGAUAAUGUAUUUCUGGGCGCAUCCACUGGCUGCGGAAAGACGAUUUGUGCUGAAUUUGCUAUGUUGAGAUUAUUCUCAGCGGAAAAAUUAAAAGAGAACCCAGAACCGAAAUGUGUCUAUGUUACACCUAAAGAAGAAUUGGCCGAGCUGGUUCAACAAGAUUGGGAUCGACGUUUUGGCUCCAUUGGACGAAAAGUCGUUCUACUUACUGGUGAAACAUCAACAGAUUUGAAACUGAUUGCCAGAGGUAAUAUUAUCAUUUCAACACCAGAAAAAUGGGAUAUUCUAUCUCGUCGAUGGAAACAAAGAAAGAACGUUCAAAAUGUAAAUCUAUUCAUCGUCGAUGAUUUACAUGUCAUUGGAUCUGAUGAUGGACCUGUUCUCGAAGUCAUCUGUUCUCGUAUGCGUUAUAUGAGUUCCCAAAUAGGCCGUAAUAUUCGUAUUGUCGCUAUGUCAACAUCUAUUCUCAAUGCGAAAGAUAUCGCUCAAUGGCUUGGUUGUAGCACCAAUGCUACUUUCAACUUUCGGCCCAGUGUCCGACCAGUUCAACUAGAAUUGCACAUUCAGGGUUUCAAUAUGACACACAAUGCAUCGCGUUUAAUCGCUAUGGCUAAGCCUGUUUAUCAAGCUAUCAAUCGGCAUGCGCCAAUUCAUCCAGUUAUUGUCUUCGUUCCAUCACGCAAAUUGUCUCGCAUGACAGCUAUCGACAUCUUGACAUUCGCUGCUGCUGAACAGAAACAAGAUCGAUUCCUACACAUAACUGCAGCUGAAAUCGAAUCAUUCACCAAUCAACUCGAAGAUCAAACAUUGAAGGAAAUUGUUCCGCGAGGUGUUGCUUACUUACACGAAGGUUUAAACAGCAAAGAUCGUACAAUCAUCGAACAAUUAUACACAGUUGGCGCUCUUCAAGUGUGCAUUGUAUCACGUAGUAUGUUAUGGUCAUUGAAUCUCUAUUCGUAUUUGGUUAUCAUCAUGGACACUCAAUACUACAAUGGACAAGACCAUACCUAUGAUGAUUAUCCUAUCGUCGAUGUUUUACAAAUGAUCGGACGAGCGAAUCGACCAUUGAAAGAGAACGAUGCUAAAGUUGUUCUCAUGUGUUUAUCGUCGAAGAAAGAUUUCUUCAAGAAAUUUCUCUACGAACCAUUACCUGUCGAAUCGCACCUUGAUCAUUGUUUACACGAUCACUUCAAUGCAGAAAUUGUGACCAAAACAAUCGAAAACAAACAAGAUGCUGUCGACUACUUGACAUGGACAUUACUCUACCGACGCAUGACACAAAAUCCAAAUUAUUACAACUUACAAGGCGUCUCGCAUCGACAUUUAUCGGAUCAUUUAUCCGAACUAGUCGAAAAUACAUUGAGUGAUCUAGAACAAUCCAAAUGUAUUGCAAUUGUUAACGAAAUGGAUACAUCACCAUUGAAUCUUGGCAUGAUCGCUGCGUACUACUACAUCAACUAUCGAACAAUUGAAUUAUUCAGCAAAUCAUUGACCGCGAAAGCCAAAAUCAAAACCUUACUCGAUAUUAUUGGUAAUGUUGCUGAAUAUGAGCACAUUCCAAUUCGUCAUCAUGAAGAUAGUAUUUUGAAACAGCUCUCAACACGUCUACCAAACAAAUUGAGCAAUGUCAAAUUCAAUGAUCCUCAUGUCAAAGCCAAUCUGCUGCUUCAAGCACAUUUAUCACGUAUUCAAUUAUCAGCCGAACUUCAAAAGGAUACAGAUGAAAUUCUGAUCAAAGCCAUUCGGCUUAUUCAAGCCUGUGUGGAUGUGUUAAGUUCAAAUGGAUGGCUGUCUCCGGCAUUAGCAGCAAUGGAAUUGGCACAAAUGAUUACCCAAGCUAUGUGGAAUAAAGAUUCAUUCUUGAAACAAUUACCACAUUUCACAUCGGAAAUUAUUCAACGUUGCACAGACAAGAAAAUCGAAACUGUAUUUGACUUGAUGGAAAUGCAAGACGAAGAUCGUGUCGAAUUACUUAAGUUGAGUACAUCGAAAUUAGCCGAUGUCGCGCGUUUCUGUAAUCGUUAUCCAAAUAUCGAAGUAUCCUAUGAAAUACCGGAUAAAGACGACAUCUCAUCGGGUAGUACAGUAACUGUGAAUGUGUCAUUAGAACGUGUCGAUGAAGUUUCCGGACCUGUUAUCGCACCAUUAUUUCCACAGAAACGCGAAGAAGGCUGGUGGUUAGUUAUUGGAGAAACGAAAACCAACGCGUUGAUCUCAAUCAAACGUUUAACUUUACAACAAAAAGCUGAUGUAGUCUUAGACUUUACUGCACCAUCAUCUGGUACACAUAAUUAUAUUCUUUAUCUUAUGUCGGAUGCUUAUAUGGGUUGUGAUCAUGAAUAUAAGUUUACUAUUGAUGUUCACAAGGGUUCAAAUCAAGAUGUCGAUAUGAAAUAA